AUGGCAAUCAACUUAAUAUCAAAACUCCUACUUUUUGCUUCACUCACGUUAGCAACCGCGACUCAGAGUCCAGGAUGUGGAAAACCGCUUCCCAAAGCACAACAACCAGCAGGAGGAGCUUCACACAAAGUCCAAUUCAAGCAAACGAAUGGUACUCCACGCACUUAUCUCAUUCAUAUUCCGAAGGGUUACUCUUCGGAUAAGCCCGCCCCUCUGAUAUUCUCAUUUCAUGGUCGUGGGAAAACUGCUUCGAGUCAGGAGGAAUUGAGCCAGUUCUCGAAUGAAAAAUGGAAUCCGGAUGGGAUUGCUGUGUAUCCGCAGGGAAUAGAGAAUGCGUGGCAGGGCGCCCCAUAUUCAAAAGGAGUCGACGACAUCGAAUUCGUCACAGACAUGAUCGACCACAUAACAGAUCGCUACUGCGUCAACCCCAAACGCAUCUACGCAGCCGGCAAAUCCAACGGCGGCGGCUUCACCGGCACCCUCGCCUGCUCCGCUCUCUCCUCCAAAAUCGCCGCCUUCGCCCCCGUCUCCGCCGCCUUCUACAUCCCGCUCCCGAAAGACACCAGCGUUUGCGAGCCGGAAUUCAUCGACAUCCCGUGCAAACCCAGCCGCUCUGUCCCGAUCCUCGAGUUCCACGGGAGUCAAGACGAUACGAUCGCGUACGCGGGCGGUGCCAGGAGUGGUGAGUGUCUGCCGAGCGUAGCGCGCUGGGUGAAGGCGUGGAGUGUGAGAGAUGGGUUGGGGACGUGUGCGAAUGAGACGGUUUUGUAUGGGGGGAAGGUGAGGAAAUGGGAGUAUGGUGGGGGAAAGGUGACGGGGUACUUGACGGAGGGUUUGGGGCAUGCGUGGCCGAGUUUGGAGGCUAAUGGGGAUAAUCCGAAUGGGACUUACUUCGAUGCUACGCCGGUUAUUAUGGAGUGGUUUGGGAGAUGGAGUUUGUAG